AACCCAGCCAAGAGGCCUCCGCUGUCCAUGCGUGGCAGCGUCUCGGCCCCGGGCCGGAAAGCUGAGCGCCCGGAACCUUUGUACGCGCGCUUCCCCGUGGCCGGACGCCAUUGGGUGUUGCGCAGCGCUUGGCCGAAGCCGGUUGCCAGGGCGACGCCUGCGAGGAUGGCUGCUGCGUCUUCGUCGGAUUCUGAUAGCUGCAGAGCUGACAGCAAUGAGGCCAGUUCCAAAUGGCUGGAUGCGCACUACGACCCUAUGGCCAAUAUUCACACCUUUUCCGCCUGCCUGGCACUGGCAGAUUUACAUAUGGACGGGGAGUACAAGCUGGUGGUGGGGGACCUCGGUCCAGGUGGGCGGCAGCCCUGCCUGAAGGUGCUCAGAGGGCCCACAGUGCUGACCGAAAGCCCGCUACCUGCGCUGCCAGCAGCUGCUGCCACCUUCCUCAUGGAGCAACACAAGCCCCGGGCACCAGCUCUGGCACUUGCUUCAGGCCCCUGUGUGUAUGUGUACAAAAAUCUUAGGCCCUACUUCAAGUUCAGCCUGCCCCAGUUGCCUCCAAACCCCCUGGAACAAGAUCUUUGGAACCAGGCCAAGGAGGACCGGAUCGACCCCUUGACCCUGAAGGAGAUGCUGGAGGGCAUCCGGGAGAAGGCAGAGGUGCCUUUGUGCGUGCAGUCCCUCAGGUUUCUGCAGCUGGAGCUGAGUGAAAUGGAGGCAUUUGUGAAGCAGCACAAGUCCAAGUUGAUCAAGCGGCAGACAGUCAUCACCACCAUGACCACUCUGAAGAAGAACUUAGCUGAUGAGGAUGCCGUGUCCUGCCUGGUGCUGGGGACUGAGAACAAGGAGCUUCUGGUGCUAGACCCUGAGGCCUUCACCAUCUUGGCCACGAUGAGCCUGCCCAGUGUCUCCGUCUUCUUGGAGGUUUCCGGCCAGUUUGAUGUGGAGUUCCGGCUUGCCGCUGCCUGCCGCAAUGGGAGCAUCUAUAUCCUCAGAAGAGACUCCAAGCGCCCCAAGUACUGCAUUGAGCUGAGUGCCCAGCCUGUAGGGCUUGUCCGGGUACACAAGAUCCUGGUGGUGGGCAGCACCCAAGACAGCCUGCAUGGCUUUACCCACAAGGGUAAGAGGCUGUGGACCGUGCAGAUGCCGGCAGCCAUCCUGACCAUGAAUCUUCUAGAGCAGCGCUCCCGGGGCCUGCAGGCCGUCAUGGUUGGGCUGGCCAACAGAGAGGUUCGCAUUUACCAUGACAAGGCCCUGCUCAACAUCAUCUGUACCCCGGAUGCGGUGACCAGCCUUUGCUUUGGCCGCUAUGGGCGGGAGGAUAACAGCCUCAUCAUGACGACUCGAGGCGGUGGCUUGAUUAUCAAGAUCCUGAAGCGCACAGCAGUGUUUCUGGAAGGGGGAGGGGAGGUGGGCCCACCACCAGCCCAGGCCAUGAAACUCAACGUGCCCCGGAAGACCCGGCUUUAUGUGGAUCAGACGCUGCGAGAGCGGGAGGCUGGCACCGCCAUGCACCGGGCCUUCCAGACCGACCUCUACUUGCUGCGCCUCCGGACUGCCCGCGCCUACGUGCAGGCCCUUGAGUCCAGCCUGAGCCCCGUGUCUGCAACAGCCCGGGAGCCCCUCAAGUUGCACGCUGUGGUUCAGGGCCUGGGCCCCACCUUUAAGCUCACACUUCACCUGCAGAACACCUCGACAGCCCGACCCAUCCUGGGGCUGCUGGUCUGCUUCCUGUACAGUGAGGCACUCUACGCCCUGCCCCGGGCCUUCUUCAAGGUCCCCUUGUUGGUGCCAGGGCUCAGCUACCCCCUGGAGACCUUCGUGGAGAGUCUCAGUGACAAGGGCAUCUCAGACAUUAUCAAGGUGCUGGUGCUUCGGGAAGGCCAGAGCGCACCUCUGCUGAGUGCCCACAUCAAUAUGCCUGUGAGUGAGGGGCUGGCAGCAGCCUAACCCCUGGGCUACUGUCAAAGCCCUAUGGCAUCAGGACCAGGGGAUCCAGUCCCUUCCACUGAGCUGCACAGAGUCAAUGGCACACACCCCACGCAGCAGUGUGCUGGUGAGACAGCUUCCCUCUCCUCUCCCAAGUGCCCCCUUUCUCACCAACCUGAUCACUCGGUGACCUAUAGCAGCAGGUCAGGAGCACCAGCAAAUUCCACUCCUUCCCUCUGGAAAACAGACAUGGGCCCAGCAGGCUCCUGCUGCUCCUCCAUCCUCCACACUUUCUCCUUAAGCCACACCCAGGUCCAAAGGAAGAGUUCUGAGGUGGUUAAGGUGAGAUGAGGGGUGUAGGCCCAGCCAUCUCCUUUGCCGCCUCCCUUAGGCACAUCAUUCAUCUGCUGCUGCCAGUCCAGGCCAGAAUCGGCUAUGGCUGGCCUGGUACAGAGGCUUUCUUGGGUGAGACUAAGUCCUCUGUUGCUCCCUGGGGUUCCAGAAGCUUGGCUGCUGCCAGCUCAGCCUACAGGUAAAAUACAUUCUCUGAUUUCCCCUUGUGAGCUGAGCAAGGGUCCCUUCUUUCUAUUCAGAGGCCCAGAGAAUAUAGCUGCCUCCCUACCAGGGGCUUUUCUGAAAUGUUGGGCUCAGCGAAGGUCUCAGGCCUAUGAUGCUCCAGGAAGAUUGUCAAGGGAGGAGCAGGAGCAGGAAGGAAUCGUGGGCCCAUGCAGGGAGCUGGUGGCCCCAGCCCCACCAGCUCCUGACGGCCUCACUGGCUCCUGAGCACUCCACGGGCUCCCGAAGCUGCCACUCCUGUCUGGGAUGCUCAUGCCCAGAAAGAGCACCCCAAGAGAGGAAGGCUCAGCUGGAUGGCAGAGGUGGGGCCGGGGCACACAGGGGGAGUGUUGCUGGAGCCCUUGGGAGAUGGCACAGGAGGUGGAAGCCCAGAGCUGCUAUUCAAGAUGUUCUUUAUACCCUGGAUCCCAGAUAAGUCAUGUGAGCAGAAAGUCCACUGGGAAAUAGCCACAGUAGGAGAGAAUUAGCUCAAAGGACCAGAGGUGCUAAGUGAGGCUGAAGGCACAUGUUUACACCGCAAGGGCCAGAGGCCCAGUCCAGCCCUCAGUGUACCCUGGAGCCCAGCCAGCCUGCCUGGCCUUCCUCACAUGUGUUGGGCUGGUGCAUCCAGGGCUGCCUUGAGCUACUUGUGAGCCAGGGACCCUGUUCCCUAAGGACUUGGAUUUCCCCCUAUCUGACUAGGUGCAGCCUAGUGUGGGGCAGACAGCUCAGGCUUGUGAAAGUAAUUAAAUCCUCCUGGGCUUCUGUUUCUCCAUGUGUGAAGUGAGGCAGUUUGACCAGAUGUGGCUGUACCCCUAUGAGCCCAGCCCUCUGGAAACAAGGAUUCAGCUCUGGAAGGGGGAUUCUUGGCAGGAGUCACUCCAGAGCUUUGGCCCUUGAGAGGGAGGGUUGCAGGCUGACUGCUGCUGCCAGGCUACAGCCGUUCUGCCCAAGACAGUGAGGGACUGGGGUGACACGGCCCACAGCCCACCCGCAUCCCUCUCAGCAAUGCAUUCUGGGACCAGGUUAGAGAAGCAGGGAAUCUGGACUGGAGAGAGUCCGUCCCCCUUGCCUCUGCAUGGCCUGAACACUCUCAUGCAUAGGGCAGCUGAGGCAGGCUGGCGGGGGUCUCUAGAUCAGGUCGGUGAGGCACAGUCCAAAUAGGAGGUUUAACCUGGAAAUGGGGAGAUGGUUGGAAUGUCGCCGUCAGUCACAGAGAUUUUAGCUUAACCUGAAGAGCUUUUUCAGAGGUUUUUCAGAGAUGGAAGGGCUGGCCCUAGAAGGUGGUGAGCCUCUUGUCACUGGGGCUGUGUCAUCACCCCGCAGGGCUCUGAGUUGGGCCAGAUGAACUUACAGCCCCUUUUACCCCAAUCAAGUGGUGAAUGGUGUGAACUCAGAACAAAACAUGUGAUCUGCAUUCCAUUCAUUGCUAUGCAUGAUGAUCUAACAGAGAAACUGUUCCUUUGCCCCGACCUACUGUGAAUUUCUAUGAUGUAAUACUAUGUAGCUAUUAUUAAAGAGUACAGGAACUGCGCCCAUGUGGACAAAGGGACGUAAGGCAAUAUGAGCAAAACACUGCCUAGUACCUGGUGCCCUCAGCAGUUAGAGCUCCAGGAAAAUGAGUACAGGGAGAAGAGCUGGUAUCUUUAAAAAGUAUUUAUCUAAAAACAUGUACCUCCUUAGUACCAUGGUAAUAGUUUAUAAUAAGAAAACAGCCUGUCACCAUCCCCCAGUACUGCUCCCCUGCUACAGUCAUUUUCACUAUUUAAAAAAUAUGCUUAUACUUGUUUAUCAAUCUUAGACACCAUCUGUUGGCUCCCUGUUGUGAUAGACGAGACAUUAGCCCUCUUGUGACAACACCCUGCCGUCUCCUUGUCUCCCCAGGUUUUUAGAUAAAUCGAUACUCAUUGUGUAGAUUACGAUUUAUAUUAUUAUGUGAAAGCUGUCACUGCAGAGCCAAGAAUCAGGCUAUAAUGAAAUUACCUUUAAAUUUUU